ACUGGGUCUUGUCCAAAGCCCAACUCCAACUAUGGUAUUCUAAAAGGCGCGAAUAACUCGAUAACUGAUUACAAAGUUCGAGGAGUUCGAAUAGCGACAUCGAAGAUGGACAACUCAGGCGCGAUUCUCUGUCAACUGUCUGCACUAAAGGAUAUGCUUGAUCAGGUGAACGAUGAAAUAGAGGCGAACUUCCAAAUCACGAGAGAGAUUGAAUCAGAAAUUGUCAAGUGUUCUGAAUUCGAGAGAGCUUUGGCAUCUAGAGAGUCGGAGCUGAUGAAGACCGUGUACAUGCUUCAGUUUGACAUUAAAGGAUUGAUGGCUGUAUAUGAUGAAUCAAGAGCAACAAGGGAAUGCCUAGAGAAGGAGUUGUCUUGUUUAAGAAAGAAGCGAGAUGAGACACUUGGAAGAAUGAACAACAAGAGGGAAACAUUUAGAACAAUGUGUCUAGACUUUCAAAAGGAGAUUAGUGAGGAUGGAAACACUAAACUAGGGAAAUUAUUGUCUGAGAAAGAGUAUCUUGAAAAUGAGGUUCAUCUUCUGAGGGGGAAAAUUAAUUCCUUGCAAACUUCAAUGUCAGAUUUUAUAGAUGAGAUUCUUGAAGGUAUCAAUGCACAUAAUUCAGCUUUGGUUGUUGAGAUAGAGAGUGGUAAUCUUGAGAAUGACAAAUUGGUCAAAGAUAUAAAUGAAUUGAAGACUACAAUGCUUGUAGCAAUGUCACCUUCACCAUGAAACCAGGUAAAGCUACUAUUGUUUUCUUAGUAUUAGUGAUGUUACUUAUCGAUAUCUUAAACUUAUAUGAUAUACAAAUAUCAACAUAAAUAUAAAAAACUAGAAGUUUAUUAUAUGUAGAGUAGUUCUAUUUGAUUGUAUACUAUCAUGCUACACUUGCUUCUUUGCUAACUCCCCGUUUAAAGUUUUCUUGAAAUUUAAGAGGUACAUGCUUGAAAAUUUAAUGUACAAAUUUGUUAUGCACAAACAAUUAUCUUUCUAUAAACAAAAAACUAAUUAUGGUAAAGAAUAAUCAUCGAGAAAAUUUAAGGAAGGAAAUAUCAAGAGUAAAUUACUGAAAUCGUCCCUAUGGUUUGGUCAAAAUUGCACGUUUGGUCUCUAACUUUAUGUAUGUAAGGGACGAAAAAUGCAACAAAAUCAAACCACAGGGACGAUCUGAGUGCAAAAAAAAGUUAGAGACCAACCGUGUAAUUUUAACCAAACCAUAGGGACGAUUUCAGUAAUUUAAUCAAAUAUCAAUUAAAUUAUAAUAAGGCUGUAAACGAACCAAACAAACACGAACAGGGCUUGCUCAUGUCCGUUCGUUUAAGUUAACCGAACAAAUGAACGAACACGAACGGUUAAACGAACGAAUUUUCUUGUUCAUGUUCGUUCGUUUAACGAAUUACGUUGUUCCUGUUCGUUCAUUUAUGUUAAAAGGAACUUAUAUAAACAUAAAUUAAGAUAUGACAUAAUAAUGAAAUCAAACACAAUUAACAUAUAUGAAGAUAAAAGGAACUUAUAUGAACGGACAUAAACUUUUAUGAACGGACAUAAACAAACGUAAACGAACAAUAUAAACGAACGUUCAUGAACAUAAUUGAACGAACGAGGUCAUUGUUCAUGUUCGUUCGUUUAACUAAAUGAACGAGAAUUUGUGUUCAUGUUCGUUCAUUUAUUAAAUAAACGAACUUCCCGCCAAACAAUUCAUAGCAGUUCAUUGAACAUCCAGUUCGUUUACAGCCCUAUAUACUAAAAAGUAAAAAAAUAAAAUAAAAAAUAUGAGAUAUGUUAUCGUUUCACAUUGUUUUCACUUUAUUCACUAGAGUUCACGACUUCAUGUUUUUUUAACAUAUUUCAACUUCGGUUUUAAUCUUAGUUUAUUUUUCUUUCUUUAUUCAUGUUUCAUAUCAAUAGUUUAUAGGAAGGAAUUCUCAUGGAUUUCCAAGGAUGUUUUUGGUUUUAUUGGUGUGAUUAUCACAUAGUGGUAGGCCUCUGUAUACCUGAUUUUCUAUUAAUUGUUUCUAUCAUGACUAUGAAUUCUUUUUAUUUUUGAUUUUCUAUAUAUCUAUGUAUAUGGUAAAGUUAUGACAUAAAAAAAAUUGUGCAUUUAUAUUUUUUAUUUUCUAUAUAUUUGUGUAUAUGUUAAAUUUGUAUAUGGUGGGUCUCUAUUAUCUUCUCCGUAUUACCGGAGAGCUAUUAAGGGUUGUUCAUCCAUCCAACUUUUUGAUGGGUUGGUUGGUUCAAGCUCCUAAAAAACAAGGAUCUUUGUCAAUGAAACUUUUGUUGCUUUGAUAUAUUUUUCUUCAUAAAAUAUAAUUAUUCUUCGUUGUUACAUUUAAGUAUAUGUAUUUUUUUGAAAGCUUAUUUUUUCCGAUUGAAAAUCAGUUUCCGAACCAUCUCGAGUGACUUCUUCCUCUAGAUAAUAAAUUUGCGCUCGUUUGUUAAAUAGUACACAACAAAACAAUAUUAAUUAUGCUUAGUGUGUAUUCCACUCAUGGUAAUUGGAUAAAAAUGUAUUUUCUUUUGUUUUGCCCAUUUCUAUCUAUCUCUCAUCGUUUCAAGAGAUAUGAUUUCUCUCAUCAUUCUUAUUAUUGAAAAUAAUAUAAGAUAAUUUGUCACAGAUGAAACUUUUAAAACAUUAUCUGAAAAAACUUUGAUUUUUUGGAUUCUUAUUUUAUAAUUAAUUUUUAAUCAUCUUCUUAGGACUCAAAGUGACAAAGCGAUUUAUAUUAUCUCAGCUUGAGCAUGCAAUUUUCUAAAAUAUCAACCAUAAAGUUUAUAGUCAUUGAAACAG